GCCAACGCCUGACUCCCGAAGCGGCUGGCGCAGCAAGAGUUGAAAUUCAAGCUUGUUCUCGCGCAGUGUCGCCAUGAAGGUCCAAGUCCUGGCGGGGGUGAUCCUCUGCUUGCUGGCGCUCGUGCAGGAGAGUGUUAGCGCCAACGCCCGGAAGAAGGACAACAGCUGUGUAUUGUCGGGUGGAGUAUGCAAAAAAUCAUGCCGCGCCCCACUCCUUGAGGAAGACUGCCCAGGACAACGAGUGUGCUGUGGCCGGCGCGGGGUGCUUGCAAAAGGCGGCAAUUCUAACCGUGGGAAAGAUCUCGCAAGCAGAAGGGAAACGGAAAGAAACAACAAGAGGAAGUUAAGACAACAGAAAGGGGAAGACAAAGCAAGCAAGAAAGGUACUGGUAGAAACACUAAGAAAAUGAAAAAGGAGGAUCGAAAGACACGAAAACAACAGCAGAAGAAAGAUAAGAAGAAGAAUCAAAGGAGAAACAAAGAGAACUCAAGGGAGAACCGGGGACCAGAAAGACAGAAUAAGGAACAUAAAGGAAAGAACGGCGUCGAAAAGGAGAAAACAAAAGAAGGGAUAAAGAAAAACAAAGCGAAGCCAACCAAAGCAAAAGGUCAGGAAAAGGAGCCACAAGCAAUUAACAUCCAAAGAUCAGGAAUGAAGGUUACAUCAAAGGACACUGAUGGAGAAAAGCGCCUCUGCAAGAAGACCCCCAAAAAAUGCAGAAACCAGGGAGGCAAAUGCGUCAAGGCAGGAACGUGUACGACUCAGACCCUCAAGAGCAGAUGCCGCGGCUCCUCGUGCGAGUGCUGUCUUACUGCAGAAUAUAUUCAGAAACCGAGAGCCUUUAGUAGAUGUAAUGUCAUAAUUCAGUUGAUAUACAAUAACUGUGUAAAGAUUGGGCGACCCCGGAGAUAUGCUGCUAAUCUGUUCAGGACUAAGCUUGCUGAAUUAGAUUAG